CGUGACCCGGCGCGCCGGCUUCUGCCCGCGCUGGAGGUGGCAUGUUGGUGUGCGGGCGGCUGACAGGGGCGCGAGCCCCGGCGCCUCUGCAUGCGGGUCUCCUGGAGACUUGGCGCCGCCGCGGCCACACCGCCUCCUCCUACUCCGCUUCCUCGGAGCCGUCCAAGGUGCGGGCGCUGAUCUAUGGCAGCCACGGGGAUCCGGCCAAGGUCAUCCAACUGAAGAACCUGGAGCUCACUGCCGUGGAAGGAUCUGACGUCCACGUGAGGAUGCUGGCAGCCCCUAUCAAUCCAGCUGACAUAAAUAUGAUCCAAGGGAACUAUGGCCUCCUUCCCAAGCUGCCUGCUGUUGGAGGGAACGAAGGCGUUGGACAGGUGGUGGCGGUGGGCAGCAGUGUAUCUGGACUGAAGCCGGGAGACUGGGUGAUCCCAGCCAAUCCUGGCUUAGGAACCUGGCGGACUGAGGCCGUGUUCAGUGAGGAAGAGCUGAUCGGCAUCCCUAAGGACAUCCCACUCCAGAGUGCUGCCACCCUCAGUGUCAACCCCUGCACAGCCUACAGGAUGCUGCUGGACUUCGAACAGCUGCAGCCAGGGGAUUCUGUCAUCCAGAAUGCGUCCAACAGUGGAGUAGGACAAGCCGUCAUCCAGAUCGCCUCAGCCCUCGGCCUAAAGACCAUCAAUGUGGUCCGAGACAGACCGGAUAUCCAGAAGCUAACUGACAGACUGAAGAAUCUGGGAGCUGACUAUGUCCUCACAGAGGAGGAGCUAAGGUUGCCCGAGACAAAAACCAUCUUCAAGGACCUGCCCCUGCCCCGCCUGGCUCUCAACUGUGUUGGUGGGAAGAGUUCCACAGAGCUGCUGCGGCACCUAGCGCCUGGAGGAACCAUGGUGACCUAUGGGGGAAUGGCCAAGCAGCCUGUAACAGCCUCUGUGAGCCUGCUCAUUUUUAAGGACCUCAAACUUCGGGGCUUCUGGUUGUCCCAGUGGAAGAAGAACCACAGUCCAGAUGAGUUCAAGGAGCUGAUUCUCACUCUCUGUAACCUCAUCCACCAAGGCCAGCUCACGGCCCCGACCUGUUCUGAGGUUCCACUGCAAGACUACCAGAAGGCCUUGGAAGCCUCCAUGAAGCCCUUUGUGUCUUCCAAGCAGAUUCUCACCAUGUGAUUAUCCCCGAGGACCAGGGGGAAAGCAGGAGAGCAGACCAGUAAGACUGGCUGGCUGCCGGCCGUCCAUGAGGACCCCAGUCUUCCCCAGACUGCCUUCUGCUCACCGCCUCUUCCCAUGAGGAGGGUGCGGAGCCAGCCCUGGAGCCCUAAUAAAGCCCGAACUUUCUGAAGAAAGGAUGAUGAGUAGAGGUUAUCCCUGUGGAGGAAUGCUGUGCACCUGCUGCCCCGCCUCACCACCUGCUGUCAUAGUCAUUGCCUGCCCGAGCACCCUGAAAGCAGAAGCUGACUGGGCAGCAGUCACUAUCUGCCCUCAGCAGUGUGAGCCCUGGAGUCUGGCGGAAGGGGAAAGGUGGUUAACUUCU